GUAUCCGCAUUAAUUGCCUUCUUGCUCUCUCUGGUCAAGUCGAUCGAGAAACGAGAUCCGACUUUUACGGUGGGGCGGGGCACAGGUAAGCUACAAGAUAGGUAUGGUCGGGUUGGGCUUGAGGAUUCGUGAGGCGGGGACCAACUUUCAUAGAGCCCAACCCAAAAGCAGUCAGGGUGUACGUGUACGUAGUAGGCAUAGAGUAUUACUCCGUAGAGUUCGUCUCACACGUCAAGCAUGCACACACACACACACACACACACAUCCAUUGCCCCUUGCUUCUAUUUAUGUAGUCUUCUGCAUGUUAUACAUAUCCCUACUUCGUACAUAUAUCUCCAGGAGUAUUCGUAGCACGCAGUCAAACCCCCAUAUGGCUCCUCGCAGGUCAGCGCAGUUGCCUCCUCUGCCCCGCAUCCUCGAUGCCUAUACCUCGUUUCAAUGCUGGCCAUUGGUUUCACGCCUGGAGUGUUCUCAUCGCCAGAACUGAGAACAAUAGGAUCUGGUGCUAAAACCCCACGUGGUGAGUCUGAAAAGCGAGUUCACGACUGCUGGCAUGGGGCCAGGAAGGAAAACAU